ACGACUUGAAUCAGGCACACGUGUUUUCCCGUAAACAAUGUCGCUGUGUUGAGCGCCUCGGUAAGAAAUUUGUCGUGUUCCAAGACAGCACAUCACCCCCCAGGCUUGAACUGCAGGCUCUCGUAGCCUUCGUGAUUUCUUUCCUGUGCGCGGUGAACAAGGCGAUUGUCCUAGGAGCCUGGAAGCAACGGUGUCGUCCACCGCACGGCCAUGGAGACCGCGCCAAAGCGAAGACCCGCGCAGCUCAUCCUUGAAGAUGGGACUACCUAUGCGGGCGUCUCGUUUGGAAAUCCGAGGUGCAUCUCUGGAGAAGUCGUGUUCCAGACAGGCAUGGUGGGCUACGUGGAGUCGCUCACCGACCCGUCGUACUGCCGGCAGAUUCUCGUGUUGACUUAUCCCCUGAUUGGCAACUAUGGCGUUCCCAGCAGUGAGGAGAAGGAUGCGCAUGGCAUUCCCGUCAACUUCGAGUCGCACAAGAUUUGGGCGGCUGGCUUGGUCGUGGGCGAAUGUGUCGACAAGUACAGCCACUGGAGUGCCCGCCGUUCCUUGUCGGACUGGCUUGACGCCUCAGCCGUGCCUGGAAUCUCAGGUAUUGACACUCGAGAGCUGACCAAGAAGAUUCGGGAAAAGGGCACCAUGCUUGGAAAGAUUAUAGUGGAAGGCAUGGAAAACACCCCCCUGAAGUUUGAAAACCCAAACUUGCUCAACCUUGUCAAGGAAGUGUCUCUCAAGGCGCCCGUUGUGUACAACAGGGGAGGCACGCCAUCCAUCACCGUGGUGGACUGCGGCAUGAAGUACAACCAGCUGCGCUGUCUCAUAUCCCGGGGGGCUUGCGUUACGGUGGUUCCCUGGGACCACCCUGUCGACCCGAAGAGUUGUGAUGGCUUAUUCGUAAGCAACGGUCCGGGCGACCCGACGCAAUGCACUGCGACGAUCAAGAUGUUACAGACGUUUCUUGGAUGCAACGACCCUGCCAAGCUGAAGCCAGUCUUUGGCAUCUGCCUGGGACACCAGCUGAUGUCCCGUGCCAUUGGGGCCGCCACAUACAAAAUGAAGUACGGCAACCGUGGCCACAACCAGCCUUGCCUCUUUGGCGAUUCAGGCCGCUGCUGCAUAACCACGCAGAAUCAUGGCUAUGCUGUGGAUGCGUCAACGCUUCCCUCCGACUGGUCGGCCCUCUUCACCAACGCGAAUGAUCGCACCAAUGAAGGCAUUGUCCACAAGAACUUACCCUUCUUCAGUGUGCAGUUUCAUCCUGAGCACAUGGCUGGUCCAGCUGACCUGGAGUUUCUGUUCGACGUCUUCAUCGAAUCCGUGAAGGACUCCGUCGCCAGCAAAGCUUACACCCCCAUUGAGGAUCGCAUCUCGGCCAAGUUUGCGGCGCUUGCACCGCCCCCCAUCCUUGCCUCCAAGCGACCCCACAAGGUUCUCAUCCUCGGCUCUGGAGGACUGUCUAUUGGCCAGGCUGGAGAGUUCGACUACUCAGGCUCUCAGGCCAUCAAGGCGUUGAAGGAAGAAAAGAUCCAGACAAUCGUAAUCAACCCAAACAUAGCAACAGUGCAGACCUCGCCGGGGCUUGCAGACAAGGUGUACUUCUUGCCUAUCACACCGUACUACGUGGGCGAGGUGAUCAAGUCCGAACGACCGGACGGCGUUCUGCUCACGUUUGGCGGCCAGACUGCACUUAACUGCGGCUUGGAACUGCAGAAGAAUGGCACGCUGGACCGCUACGGGGUGGCCGUGCUGGGCACGCCCAUCGAGUCCAUCAUCAAUUCGGAAGACCGCAAGCUCUUUGCCGAACUGGUCGAGGAAAUUGGCGAGAAAGUUGUGCCCAACUGUGCUGUCUACACCGUGGAGGAGGCCCUGACAGCGGCCGAGAAGCUGGGCUUCCCAAUCCUGGUGCGCGGUGCCUUCUGCCUCGGAGGCCUGGGCUCGGGCUUUGCGCACAACCAGGACGAACUGCGCGCCCUGGUGGCACAGGCCCUUGUCCGCUCCAGCCAGGUGCUGCUGGACAGGAGCCUCAAGGGAUGGAAGGAGGUCGAGUACGAGGUGGUGCGAGACGCCUACGACAACUGCAUCACGGUGUGCAACAUGGAGAACCUGGACCCUCUGGGCAUUCACACAGGCGAGUCCAUCGUGGUGGCACCCAGCCAGACGCUGACAAACGAGGAGUACAACAGGCUACGAACCACUGCCAUCCGUGUCGUUCGACGCCUGGGUAUCGUGGGCGAGUGCAACGUCCAGUAUGCCCUCAGCCCCCACUCGUUUGAGUACUACAUCGUGGAGGUGAAUGCCCGAUUGUCACGGAGCUCAGCGUUGGCGAGCAAAGCAACAGGCUACCCACUUGCCUACAUCGCAGCUAAGCUGGCGCUAGGCAUCUCGCUGCCGUCGCUUCGCAACACAGUCACCUGCCAGACCACGGCCUGUUUUGAACCCAGCCUCGACUACUGCGUGGUCAAGAUCCCACGCUGGGACCUUGGCAAGUUCCCACAUGUCAGCAACAAGAUUGGCAGCUCAAUGAAGAGCGUGGGUGAAGUGAUGUCCAUAGGACGAUCGUUUGAGGAGGCCUUCCAAAAGGCAAUUCGGAUGGUGGAAGAACACGUCUCCGGCUUGGAUCCCUACCUCAAGCCCGUGAGCGACCGGGAGCUGGCCUGCCCCACGGACAAGCGCAUGUUCCACCUUGCGUCGGCCAUCAAGGCUGGCUACACGGUGAAGCAGCUCAACGAGCUCACCCAGAUUGACCCAUGGUUCCUCAGCAAGAUCAUCAACAUCAUCGAGUACCACACCUUCCUGGAGGGCCUUCACAGCAAGCCUGCUCUGCUUACGUACGACGUUCUCCUGCGGGCCAAGCAGCUUGGCUUCUCGGACAAGCAGAUCGGCCAGUGCGUGGGCAGCACAGAGCUUGUAGUCCGCAAGACCCGCCAGGAACUCGGUGUGGUGCCUCAGGUGAAGCAGGUGGACACGGUGGCUGCCGAAUGGCCUGCUGCAACCAACUACCUCUACCUGACGUACAAUGCCAAAGGGGAUGACUUGCAGUUUGAGCCACAGAGCGCCAUCAUGGUGCUAGGGUCUGGUGUCUACCGCAUCGGCAGCUCGGUUGAGUUUGACUGGUGCGCUGUCAGUUGUGUCCAGGAGCUCCGCAAGCUCGGCAAGGCAACCAUCAUGGUCAACUGCAAUCCCGAGACUGUCAGCACAGACUACGACAUGUGCGACCGCCUGUAUUUCGAUGAAAUCAGCUUUGAGACUGUGAUGGACAUUUACUGCAUGGAGCAACCCGAAGGCAUCAUCCUUAACAUGGGUGGCCAGCUCCCCAACAACAUUGCAAUGGAUCUGUACAGGCAAAAGGCUCGCAUCCUGGGCACAUCACCGGAAUCAAUUGACUGUGCCGAGAACCGUUUCAAGUUCUCCCGCAUGCUGGACUCCAUUGGCAUCUCCCAGCCACAGUGGAAGGAGCUUACCAACUUAGAGAACAUCAAGUCAUUCUGCGAGGAGGCUGGCUACCCUUGUCUGGUACGCCCUAGUUACGUGCUGAGUGGGGCUGCCAUGAAUGUGGCCUACUCGCAUCGUGACCUCGAGGGUUAUCUCAACGAAGCCAGUGCCGUUUCCAAGGAACACCCUGUAGUCAUCUCAAAGUUCAUCUGUGAAGCCAAGGAAAUUGACGUGGACGCUGUGGCUAAGGACGGUGUUCUGGUGGCCAUGGCAGUCUCCGAGCACGUUGAGAAUGCUGGUGUGCACUCGGGAGACGCAACGCUGGUGACUCCGCCUCAGGAUCUGAACUCUGAGACGCUUGCCAAGAUUCGCUCCAUUUGCCAGGCCAUUGGCGAGGCGCUCAUUGUCAGUGGACCGUACAACAUGCAGCUUAUUGCCAAGGACAACCAGCUGAAGGUGAUAGAGUGCAACCUGCGUGUGUCCCGUUCUUUCCCGUUUGUCUCCAAGACGCUCAACUGUGACUUUGUCGCACUGGCCACCCAAGUCAUCCUUGGACUCCCUGUUGAGGCUCGCGAUGUCACCUUCGGCGUUGCCCGGGUCGGAGUCAAGGUGCCCCAGUUCUCCUACUCUCGGCUGGCUGGCGCAGACAUCCGUCUCGGUGUGGAGAUGGCCUCGACGGGAGAGGUGGCCUGCUUCGGCGAGAACCGAUACGAGGCUUAUCUCAAGGCCCUGCUCAGCACUGGGUUCUGCAUUCCCGAGAAGAAAAUAUUCCUCUCCAUUGGAAGCUACAAGCACAAGGCCGAGUUCCUGCCGAGUGUUCGGACUUUGGAGAAGAUGGGCUUCGAGUUGUACGGCAGCCUUGGCACCUCGGACUUCUAUAUGGAACACGGUAUCAAGAUAGAACCGAUGACGUGGCCUUUCCACGACCACGACGAGGACACAGUGAACGGAGGGUCGGACGGUGGGAACCAGUGCAUCUCGCAGCAGGCGCAGCUGAGCAUUGCGGACUUCCUGGAGCAGAAGGAGUUUGACCUGGUAGUGAAUCUGCCCAUGUGCAGCAGCGGGGCCCGCCGCAUCUCGACCAUGUUCACCCAGGGAUACCGGACGCGUCGCAUGGCUGUCGACUACGCCGUGCCUCUCGUCACAGACGUCAAGUGCGCCAAGCUACUUGUGGAGGCUCUGCGGCUGAUUCGUAAAGCACCACCCGUCAAAACGCACAUUGACUGCCUGACUUCACGCAACAUUGUACGCCUUCCGGGUCUCAUCGACGUGCACGUCCACAUGCGGGAGCCUGGUGCGACCGAAAAGGAGGACUAUGCCUCCGGCACAGCUGCUGCCCUGGCUGGCGGCUUCACAGUUGUCUGUGCCAUGCCAAACACCCGGCCACCCCUGUGUGAUUCUGAGUCACUCGCAGUCUGCCAAAUGGCAGCCAGAGCUGGCGCUCGGUGUGACUACGCCCUCUUUGCGGGCGCCAAUCAGACAAAUGCCGAGACUGUGGUGUCACUGGCACCAUUUGUUGUCGGGCUCAAGAUGUAUCUGAACGACACUUAUGGACCUCUCUGCAUGGACACAGUCUCGGAUUGGCUCAAGCACUUCGAGAAAUGGCCGAGGCACAUGCCAUUGUGCUGUCACGCAGAGGGCCCCAGGACGGCAGCUGUCAUACUGUUGGCUAGUCUUCAGCAGCGGCCCGUGCACAUCUGCCACGUCGCCAGGGAGGAAGAGAUAUCCAUAAUCAAGGCAGCCAAGGCACAGGGCCACGCAGUGACCUGCGAGGUGACACCGCACCACUUGUUCCUCACCGUUGACGACAUCGACCGGCUCGGCCCAAACGUGGCCAAGGUCAAGCCACCCCUGAUGACAGCCAAGGACCAGAAGGCACUCUGGGACAACAUUGACAUCAUCGACUGCAUCGCCACUGACCACGCACCUCACACCUACGAUGAAAAGAUCCAGCCCAACGCACCACCUGGCUUCCCAGGUCUGGAGACCUCCCUGCCACUCAUGCUCACAGCCGUGGCCGAGGGGAAGAUAACCAUGGCGGCCCUGGUCAAAAAGAUGUACGACAACCCGAGACGGAUCUUCAACAUUCCAGUCCAGCAGGACACGUACAUAGAGGUCGACCUCGACGAGGAAUGGACGAUACCCGAAGCUCCAACUUACAGUCGUGCCGGCUGGACACCCUUCGCCGGCCGUAGGGUUCGCGGCCAAGUCCGUCGGGUGGUCAUCCGUGGUGAAGUAGUCUUUGUCGAUGGUCAGGUGCUUGUGGAGCCUGGCUUUGGGCAAGAUGUCUUGGCCAUUUCGGAACUGGAACGGAGUGGAAGUAUAUCGAGCCUUACGCAUGCAUCAACUGAAAAAGGAAGCCCCGGUGUUUCCGAAACAUUCGGUGUUGCAGGCGCUGCAGUUGGGAAGCCACGACACUGGCGGAACUCGGUCAAGUCUCUAACCACAGAAAUGUACAACAAGAUGUUCCAGGAGUUGGGCCUCCCGGAUAAACUGAUGGUGCCAACGAGCGUGGCUGCUGCAGCAGCAAGCUCGUCUGAUGAAGCGGUGUCGGGGUCACGAUUGGGCACCACAUCUGCGUCAGCUGCCGUGUCAUCACUGCGCAGCAUCAGUCCGCUGAUGAGCACUUCCGGUGGCGGGGCAGCGUUGGCGGCAGGAACGAUGUCUCUGUCGUGGAACCUCCCGGACAUUCCCAACGCGCUGCACGGUAGGCACAUCCUGACUGCCGACAUGUUCUCCAAGGACCAGAUGCACUCGUUGUUCAACCUGGCACACGCCUUCAGCGUCUUUGUGCAGAAGGACCGCCCUCUCGAUCAUGUGCUCAAGGGCAAGGUGAUGGCCUCCGUGUUCUAUGAGGUGAGCACACGGACAUCAUGCAGCUUUGCUGCAGCCAUGCAGCGGCUAGGAGGCUCGGUCAUCUACAUGGACCAGGCCACGUCGUCAACGCAAAAGGGCGAGACGCUUGAAGACACCAUUACCGUCAUGUCCAAUUACAGCGACGUGGUUGUGCUGAGGCAUCCGCAACCUGGAGCUGUUAUGCGUGCCUCGAAGCAUUGCCGCAAGCCGGUGAUCAACGCCGGUGACGGCAUUGGCGAGCACCCUACGCAGGCUCUCCUCGACGUCUACACAAUCCGUGAGGAAAUCGGCACAGUCAACAACCUGACGGUGACACUCGUGGGUGACUUAAAGCACGGCCGCACGGUGCAUUCCCUAGCACGGCUGCUCACCCACUACAACGUUCAGCUGCGGUACGUGGCCCCAGCUAACCUGGGCAUGCCACAGUCUGUGCGCGAUGUCGUGGCUGCGCAGGGAAUCACUCAGGAGGACAUUGAGAGCCUGGAAGCAGCACUGCCAGACACGGACGUACUGUACAUGACCAGGAUUCAGAAGGAGCGUUUCAGCAGCGUGGAGGAAUAUGAGAGGGCUUGUGGCCUCUAUGUGGUGACACCUCAGCUGAUGACGAAGGCCAAGAAACGCAUGAUUGUUAUGCAUCCCUUGCCACGGGUCUUCGAAAUCAGUCCGGACUUCGACACAGACCCCCGAGCAGCCUACUUCCGGCAAGCCGAGGCUGGAAUGUACGUCCGCAUGGCACUCCUAGCUAUGGUGCUCGGACGUGUGUGAAAGCGCCCGAAUCCACGGCGCUUCGCAGUGAUCUCGACGAGUCACUGGCUCUUCCCCUCGGCUCUUUUCGUUAUUUUUCUUCUUCACAGUUCUCUCUUGUGACUGCCUCAUUGUGAUAAUGGGUGAACACGGUACUUAUAUAAUGUUGUGGACGACAAAAACUGUGCCUUGCGGAUGUUUGGAAUCAACUUUCGGUUUGGCACGGCAUACUUUUGACAUUUUCACGAUUUUUAUACGUAGAAGCACAUCUCUCGAGUGACGCGCUUGCGAUUGCCGGAAAGUUCCCUGCGUACCGCUAUCGUUUUAUUCUUAGUGACGGAAAUAUUUCUUCUGUUGAGCUGUGUGCCCAAGCAUUUGUAUUUACGACGUCAUUGUUUGCAUCCUAACACCUUUUGUCACAACAUUACUGUCCAGGUUCAGCUAGGGGACCUUCGCAGUCGCUGUACAGUUAGUUCUUAAUUUUUGUUGUAACCCAAGUUACAGCGCAUAUCACAUUGGUGCAAUCCUGUUUUGAGGUGCCAAUCAUAAGCUCUGCUGGUGGCGUUGCAAGGUACUGAUCUGAGGCACCUGAAUCCAGCAUGGAAAGCUUGCUGAAUGCUUGCAGCUGGGUUUUGCGGGUACUUUUGCUGUUUCCCGUCCUGCCUCUUUUCGAUGACUUAAUAAGCCAUGCGGUUUUGCGUACUUUGCUGUUUUCUUGUUGUUAUGCUGAGAUAGGAGACGUAUGUUUCGUGAAAAUCAUUUCUUUACACUCUGUUUAAUAUGUGGAUGUUACAAUAGUCGACGAUAGGAACUACUGUACCUUCUAAUGGAAUGAGUAUUGUGACACGGUAGUUUCAUAUGUGAUCGUAGAUUGGAAUAUGUGCUACCUUCUUCUUUACCUUGUUGAUGUUUCUUGUUGCCGAAAAUAUACAUACUGUUUUUUUUUUCCCUGUUAUUUCUUUCGUGCCAUAUCCGACGAGGUGUUUCACCGCGUAUGAUUUCGCAGCAUAUGUGCCACAUCUUUUUGGCGUUUUUGUGCAAAUCACACAAGCAUUCCUCAUGUUAACGACAUGGAAUAUUUUUUACAUUUACAAAUAUUCAUUGAUCUGCCCGUCCCUGGAGUUGCUUGUGUUGAGAAACUGCUGUUCUUGAUCAGAAUGCAACAAUCAAAAGAAAUAAAGAUACUUUUGCAAACUUCAA